CCCGCGGCUCCUCGGGACCUCUUCGGCGGGCGGCGCUGCGGCCUGCCCGUGCGCCCGGCGCCCGCCCGCGCCCGCCCUCCAUGGCGUUCAUCCGGAAGAAGCAGCAGGAGCAGCAGCUGCAGCUCUACUCCAAGGAGAGAUUUUCCUUGCUGCUGCUUAACUUGGAGGAGUACUACUUUGAACAGCAUACAGUCAGUCAUGUUCAGCACAGGGGCCGUCCUGAUGAAAGGAAAAUCAGAGGGUCCUUAAAAAUAUGUUCAAAAUCAGUGAUUUUUGAACCAGAUACAAUAUCCCAGCCCAUCAUUAAGAUUCCUUUGAGAGAUUGUAUAAAAAUAGAAAAACAUGGAGAAAAUGGAGCCAAUAGACACUUUGCAAAGGCAAAAUCAAGUGGAAUUUCACUCAUUUUCAGUCAGGUAUAUUUCAUUAAAGAACAUAACAUUGUUGCACCAUAUAAAAUAGAAAGGGGCAAAAUGGAGUAUGUCUUUGAACUGGAUGUUUCAGGGAAAGUGGAAGAUGUUGUGGAAACGUUGCUUCAGCUUCACAGAGCAUCGUGCCUUAACAAAUUGGGUGACCAAACUGCCAUGAUAACAGCUAUUUUGCAGUCACGUUUGGCUAGGACUUCAUUUGACAAAAACAGAUUCCAAAGUGUUUCUGAAAAGUUUCACAUGGAAUGCAAAGCUGAGAUGGUGACACCUCUGGUGACAAACCCUGGACACGUGUGCAUCACUGACACCAACCUGUAUUUCCAGCCUCUCAAUGGGUACCCGAAACCUGUGGUCCAGAUCACACUCCAGGAUGUCCGCCGUAUUUACAAAAGGAGGCACGGCCUCAUGCCUUUGGGCUUGGAAGUAUUUUGCACAGAAGAUGAUCUAUGUUCCGACAUCUACCUAAAGUUCUAUGAACCUCAAGAUAGAGAUGAUCUCUAUUUCUAUAUUGCUACAUAUCUAGGUUUGGUGCUCACCCUUCAUUGUGCCUAUUUAUAUGAAGAGCACCAUGUUGCAGAGCACACGGCCGAGAGCUACAUGCUGCUGUGGCAGCGAGGACACCUGUCCAACUACCAGUACCUUCUUCACCUCAACAACCUGGCUGACCGGAGCUGCAACGACCUCUCCCAGUACCCUGUGUUUCCAUGGAUAAUAAAUGACUAUUCCAGCUCAGAAUUAGAUUUGUCAAAUCCAGGAACUUUCCGGGAUCUUAGUAAGCCAGUGGGGGCCCUGAAUAAAGAACGGCUGGAGCGGCUACUGACACGCUACCAGGAAAUGCCCGAGCCAAAGUUCAUGUAUGGAAGUCACUACUCCUCCCCAGGCUAUGUGCUCUUUUAUCUUGUUAGGAUUGCGCCAGAGUAUAUGUUGUGCCUACAGAAUGGAAGAUUUGAUAAUGCAGAUAGAAUGUUCAACAGUAUUGCAGAAACUUGGAAAAACUGUUUGGAUGGCGCAACAGAUUUUAAAGAGUUGAUUCCAGAAUUCUAUGGUGAUGAUGUCAGCUUUUUAGUCAAUAGCCUGAAGUUGGAUUUGGGAAAGAGACAAGGAGGGCAGAUGGUUGAUGACGUGGAACUUCCCCCUUGGGCCCUGAGUCCCAAGGACUUUCUCCAGAAGAGCAAAGAGGCACUGGAAAGCCAUUAUGUGUCCGAGCACCUUCACGAAUGGAUUGAUCUAAUAUUUGGUUACAAGCAGAAAGGUCAUGACGCUGUUGGGGCCCACAAUGUAUUUCAUCCCCUGACCUAUGAAGGAGGUGUGGACUUGAACAGCAUCGAGGAUCCUGAUGAGAAAGUAGCCAUGCUAACCCAGAUCUUGGAGUUUGGGCAGACACCAAAACAGCUGUUUGUGACACCACAUCCUCGAAGGAUCACCCCAAAGUUUAAAAGUUGGUGCCAAACCUACAGUUAUAAUGCUUCUGUGGCAGAUUCCCCAGCCUCUCCAGGUGAGGAGUCUUUUGAAGACCUGACUGAAGAAAGCAAAACACUGGCCUGGAAUAACAUCAGCAAGCUGCAGUCGUAUGAGCACUACAAAAUCCACAGAGAGGCAGUUACUGGAAUAGCAGUCUCUUGCAAUGGGUCUUCAGUCUUUACAACAUCACAAGAUUCCACCUUGAAGAUGUUCUCUAAAGAAUCCAAAAUGCUACAAAGAAGUAUAUCAUUUUCGAAUAUGGCUUUAUCAUCCUGUUUACUUUUACCAGGAGACGCCACUGUUGUAAGCUCUUCCUGGGAUAACAACGUCUAUUUUUAUUCCAUAGCAUUUGGAAGACGCCAAGACACAUUAAUGGGACAUGAUGAUGCUGUUAGUAAGAUCUGUUGGCAUGACAACAGGCUAUAUACUGCAUCGUGGGACUCUACAGUGAAGGUGUGGUCUGGUGUUCCUGCAGAGAUGCCAGGCACCAAAAGACAUCAGUUUGACCUGCUGGCUGAGCUGGAACAUGAUGUCAGUGUAGAUACAAUCAGUUUAAAUGCUGCAAGCACACUGUUGGUCUCUGGCACCAAAGAAGGCACGGUAAAUAUUUGGGACCUUACUACAGCCACUUUAGUGCACCAGAUUUUAUGCCAUUCAGGGACUGUAUGUGAUACAGCUUUUAGCCCAGACAGUCGCCAUGUCCUCAGCACAGGAGCAGAUGGCUGUCUUAAUGUAAUCGAUGUGCAGACAGGGAUGCUAAUCUCCUCUAUGACAUCAGAUGAGCCCCAGAGGUGCUUUCUCUGGGAUGGAAAUUACAUUUUAUCUGGAAGUCAGUCCGGUGAACUGCUCGUUUGGGACCUCCUUGGAGCAAAAAUCAGUGAGAGAAUACAGGGCCACACAGGUGCUGUGACAUGUAUAUGGAUGAAUGAACAGUGUAGCAGUAUCAUCACAGGAGGGGAAGACAAACAAAUUAUGUUCUGGAAACUGCAGUAUUAAGUGCCUUUUCCUCUCUUGAAUGUUAAAUUGAACUCUAAUGUAUUUUUAAACCAAAUUUUUAAAUGAACUGGUGAAUGUGCAAUUAUAGUAAUUAGAAGUUUUACCACAUGGAAAAUUUGUGGUUUUAAACUUUCUAAAUCAUGGUGACUUCAUUGAAAGCCAUUAGUUGCCAUCCUCCAAGGCACAUAAAAAAAAGCAGUAUUAGGGAGAAGACAUAACAUUUGUGAGGCAGAUGCUCAUCCUAGUAAGAUGACGGGCAGGAGACAAGAUCGGGCAGCAGAGAGUAGCUAAGAGAUGCUAAACUGGGCUGGAGGAACUUACCAGAAAGCACUGAAGAAUUUAGAACUGCCCUAGAAAAGGUGCAGUAUUCUCUACUACUUCUGAGUCGCUCUGUUUUGUCUUUCUGAUCUACCACAAUUGCUGCCCAUGGGGUUUUUGGUUAUGUGUGUUUUCAUGGAGUGGUUACUUACUUCUAUAAUGCUGUACCCAGAUUCUAAGAACCUGGGGAAGGAUUAGCAGUUCUUAUAACAGUAAGUUUAUUGUGUUAUAGGAAUUGUUUGUAUUUCAUUAUAGCUAUCAUCUUUUCUAUAUUAAAAAUAUUUUUCUGUAA